AAUCACCAGUCACAAUUAGUAUAAAUAGGUGCCUGCAUGCUCCUGCCACACAGAGAAUCCAAAGCAAGAAAUUGGCAGGGAGAUAGCUAGCGGAGAAGGAGUAAAAUAUUUUUCAAUAUUGCUUCUGCCAACAAGGGAAUCAAAUCUGAUGCCGGUUGACAACAUGGGAGAUAAUGUUACUGUCUCGACCACUCAACACCACAUUGCAAUCCCCAUUGAGAAAUUGAAUGCAUCACUUGAAGCUGCAAAGGAAGAAAAUUCUGUAACCGAUGAUGCCUAUGUGGACAAUGAUGUCCAAAAAUCUCAAGAGAAAGAUGAAGAAACUGAAGAGAAGGGAGAAUGUCGCUACUGUCAGGAAGAGGACUUAGUUUCUAAUAUGGAAUCACCCUGCAAUUGCAAUGGUAGCGUCAAGUAUGUUCACAGGAGAUGCAUUGAUCAAUGGUACAAUUCCAAAGGCCGCAUGAUAUUGUGUGAGAUUUGCAGGAAGCCUUACAAUCCAAAUGAUUACCCGCCACUUCCAGAACUUCAUUCUGAUAAUGAUGACACCGAGAUAAUUAUAUUAAGGCAAGUUAUAUAGCUAUCUUUCUUCAAACAUGCUUAAAUUUUAGUUAGUUAACAUAUUAUUUGUGAGAUGCAAUCUUGGUUCGAAUCAGAACAUAAUCAACUAAAACAUGAAUAUAAUAUACUAAGGUCGACUUAAUUAGCAAUGGAAGUUUGAAUUAUUUGUACAAAAAUUAUCUUAAAUUAAAAUUUCGUUGUUGUCACUAUACAUAUUAAAAAAAACAUGAAU